AUGGAAUGCUAUUUUAAUUUCACUCAACCAACCAAGAUUCCUAGCAAGCAAUCCUUUGUCUUGGGAUGGAAUUUGGGUAAUAACCAACAAAUUAUUGGAAAACUUCGACAUUUUGAUAAUAAUUCUGCCGCUAUACAACAUUUCAUCGCAAUACACAAUCAACAUAGAAAGACAAUAUUGAAAGAAUGCAUUGGAUGUUCCAUUCAUAACCCACAUACUGUCAUAUCUUCAACUGUUAACACUCCACAUAAUUCAUGUUUCACUAAUCUCCCACUUGAUCUCUGUUUUACCAUCCCA